GGAAACAUGUGAGCGCUCUGAGGAUCUAGUGAGAGACAAUUUUGUGCUUACUUUUUUGACCCAAUGCACUGUGCUGAAACGGAUUUUAAAUCAGAAGGAAGGACACAAAUUAAGCUUACUGCAAUUCUCAGAGUUUGCUUAUUCUUUGCUUUGUUUUCUUUACGAGAGAAAAAUGUGUAUUUCUGGGGUAUGCCAUCAUAACCAGCACUACCAUUAAUUUAUUUUAAAUAACAUUUUUUUCUUUAGCAAAUAUUUAAUUCUGAUUACUUUAUGCGUAUACCUUUAUUAAACUAAAUUAUUAUAAACCUUUACCUGUGAUACAGCAUAUAGGUCUAUAUAAAUAUAGAUAAUAGAGUAUUUUGUAGGUUUGCACCGUUGCUUUCAACAGUGAUUUCUCUCACAUCUUUUGGUUCCAACGUUUUUUCAAUAUGAGGCAUUUGAAAUUUGUACUCGUGUUGGCUAUUGCAGUCAACGUUUGGGAAUGUGGGGAUUCGAAAUUUGGCGAGAAGGGGGAAAUAAGCCCGAGGAGAAGGAGAUGUUACGACGGGAGCAUGCCCAAGCGACUGAAGAAGAGGGAAAGAAAACUGUCAGUGGACAGCGGUGCAAGCAGCGGGGAAGUUUGUCACAGGUUGUACCCUCGUGUGUCAUGCUGCCCAACCAGGCGUGCUGCUUAUCAGAUAGUCCACCGGCGUGAUGCCAGGAUCUUCUCCACCAAUAACACGGAGUGCAGCCGUCUCCUGGAGGAGAUCAAGUGUGCACACUGUUCGCCCAACGCCCAAGUGCUGUUCCACUCCCCCGAGUCGGACAAGGUCCCCCUCAGAGAACCCCACCUGCCACGCCUCUGCCAGGACUACUGCCGAGAGUUCUACUAUACCUGCCGCGGACACAUACCAGAGCUGUUCCAAGCCGAUGUGGAUGAGUUCUGUCAAUACUACGGACGGCGGGACGGAGGCCUGUGCUUCCCAGAUUUCCACCGAAAGCAAACACGGGGACAGGACUCCAACUACUUGGGAGAUGAGAAAGUCGAAGACAUCAACAGGAAGCACAAGCACAACUGCUACUGUGCCCAGGUGGUGCUGAGUGGGCUGAGGCAGCCAGUAGCCGUGGUGCACUGUGGGGACGGAUCCCAGCGCCUCUUUGUCCUGGAGAAGGAGGGCUUCGUCCGGGUGCUGACCCAUAACAUGGAGCUGCUGAAAGAGCCUUUCCUGGACAUCCACAAGCUGGUGCAGACCGGACUCAAGGCAGGAGAUGAAAGGGGUCUGCUAGGUCUCACAUUCCACCCCAAUUACAAGAAGAACGGCAAGCUGUACGUCUCCUACACCACCAACCAGGAGCGCUGGGCCAUCGGACCGCACGACCACAUUCUGCGUGUGGUCGAGUACACCGUCUCCAGGAAAAACCCGAACGUGGUGGACAGUAGGACCAUGCGGAUGCUGAUAGAAGUGGCAGAGCUGCACAGGAAGCACCUGGGAGGACAGCUGCUGUUUGGCCCUGACGGCCUGCUGCACAUCGUCCUGGGAGAUGGCAUGAUCACCCUGGACGACAUGGAGGAGAUGGACGGCCUUAGUGAUUUCACAGGGUCUGUGUUGAGGGUGGAUGUGGACACAGACUGCUGCACGUCUCCCUACUCCAUACCCAGGAACAACCCCUACUUCAACAGCACCAACCAGCCACCAGAAAUAUUUGCCCACGGACUGCAUGACCCAGGCAGGUGUGCCGUGGACCGGCAUCAUACGGAUAACAACGGGAGUCUCUUGAUCCUGUGCACGGACGCCAGCGGUAGGAACGCGUCUGCAGGGAGAAUACUGGCGAUCACUAAGGGGAAAGACUACGAGAACGAGGCAUCCAUCUUUGACCUGGCGACCAGUGGAGGAGCAGCACCUGUGGGAGGGUUCAUCUACAGAGGCUGUCAGUCCAGGAGGCUCUACGGGAGCUAUGUGUUCGGAGACAAGAACGGGAACCUGCGGAUCCUCCAGAAGGGCUCAGCGGCGGCAGGGGACCAGUGGCAGGAGAAAGCUCUGUGUCUGGGGACCAGCAGCUCCUGUGGCUCCGCUCUGGUGGGACAUAUCCUGGGCUUCGGAGAGGACCAACUAGGUGAAGUGUACAUCCUGGCCACCAGUAAAAGCAUGGCGCAGUCACACAGUGGGAAGCUCUACAAGCUAGUGGACCCUAAAAGGCCCACGGUCCCUAAGGAGUGUCAGAGACAGGUGGAGGCCCCGGAGCUGCUGGGAACGGCCUGCUCACGGCAGUGUAAGAACGGACACUGCACCCCCACCGGGAAGUGUUGCUGCAGCACCGGCUGGGAGGGACCCUUCUGCAGAGUGGCUAAAUGCGAGCCGGCCUGCCGUAACGGAGGCGUGUGUGUUGAGCCCUACAGCUGCCUGUGUAAGAGCGGCUAUUCGGGCGCCCAGUGUGAGAAGGGCGAGCGGGGCAUGCCUAGCGACCAGGAGAAGGACGGCAUCCUGGACCACAUCAUAGACAUGACCUCGUACCUGCUGAACCUCACUAGCUACAUGGUAUAGGUAACCCCCCCCCCCCCCCCGGCCCCCUUGCUCAACCACCGGAGAAGCCCAAGCAGAGCCUCCCUCCUCUGUGAUUCACCCCUGAGACACACCCCCCUGUCUGAACGUACCCUGUCCCCGUCAACACCCAGACUCUGGUCAUCUUCCUGCCCAUAAGCUCCAGUAGGCUACGUACACCAGGCAUCCAGGCCAAGCAUCCCUCCAGAGACCAUCACACAGACAGACACAGCAACGUGAUGGUUGAAUGCAUGGCAAUCGUCGUCUAUGGUCUAAUGGUUGGACCUCCACCGUGGCUACAUAAGCUCUUUUAUAUUCUUCUUCUCCAGGAGAAAGUUCUUCUCCAGGAGAAAGUUCUUCUCCUCUCUCUCCCACUCUGGAACCUCCAUGCAGAUGACUUGAUAUUAGCACUGCACCCCUGCUGAGAACAGAGGGAGACCCCCUCGCGGUUCUCUCCACACAACAACAACAAAAACAGCGGCCAUUUUGACUGACGCCUUACAGAGAGCGAAGGGGAGUCGGCUGAGCUGAAACACGGCGAGGCGGGCGGAGGCGUGGUGACUUAAGUUAUCCCCCAGGACUGGAGAGUGGACAGCCCAAUACUGGGGGUUAGCUUUGGGUCUGCCUUCACCAACACGACACAGUCUAUAUACAGCCUUUAAAUGAACAUGCCAAUCUCUUCAGCAUCAGCAAUGCAAUAAUACUGACACUGACUGAAGAGUUUCUGAUAAUCUUACUGUACCGUGUAUAGAGCCCCAUACAGAGACCUGUACUAUCUUGUCUAAAGGCGCUAAUAUGAACGGCCAAUAGACCAAUGUCACAGUAAUAAUAAUGAUUAUUGUUAUUUUGACCCACUGUUUUCUCCGGGUGAUGUUUUGUGGGCACAUCUUCAUAGAAAAAGCUACGUUUUGAUACUUCAUGAUACAGCGGUAUAGAUUUGUUGUUCAUCGCUCACUUGACAUGCUGCCAAUGUACAGAAUGGAUCAUAGCUGAAGAAUGAGUGUCUUUGGACUCAACAGGUAUCGAUAGAGUUUAUAUGGCUGUGUCCCAAAUGGCAUCCUAUUCCCCGUAGAGUGCACUACUUUUGACCAGAGCCCUAUGGGCCCACGUCAAAAAUAGUGAGCAUCAUACGGAACAAGGGUGCCAUUAGGGACAGAGUCUAUGACAUUGUUAGGAUAGAGCUCAUAGCUUUGCACUCCCAAUGUCAACGCCAGUUUGAUACAUUUGAAAUGGAGUCAUCAACUCCACGCACUGUAAUGUAAUGUUUUUUGUGUUUCACAAUCAAGGGCAGGCGAUUAUGUUGGGACUAUAGUACGGUGUCAUACAGCAGUGACGUUGUCACACACUAACACAGUGGCACGCAGCAGGUCAAAUCUCUCACACUGAACACACACACACACACUAACACAGUGGCACGCAGCAGGUCAAAUCUCACUCUUAAUCUCUCACACUGAACACACACACACUAACACAAUGGCACGCAGCAGGUCAAAUCUCACUCUUAAUCUCUCACACUGAACACACACACACACACACACACACACACACACACACACACACACACACACUCGCUACACAACUUCAGUGGUAGUUCUACAGGGACAGAAGCUGAUGUAUAUUUCAUACAUAAAGAGCUGAACUAAGUACUACUUAGCCUUGCUAAAUAAUAUAGCGUUACUAUUGUUUCGAUAGAGGAGGGUUUAUUUUUUUAACUGUGAUAAUGUAUGGGAGAGGACGGUGUUUGUAGAAAGUGGUUUUGCAUUAAGCUUUAAAAAAAAUCAUAUUUUUUUGGUCUUUUUUUUGCUAACACACAAACACAAUGUAUGCAGUGUUUUUCCACUGUAUAAAAACACACAGUGACACAUGCAGUACAGAGCAGCACCGUGUGUUAAAGGCCACGCGUUUCUACACCUGAAUGGGAGCAACCGACCACUGAGACACAACACAAGGCUCUCUCUGUGUUUCCUUCCCGUAGUGCCUCUGUCUGUGGCGCUCAACUGCAGCAUAGCGGUCGGUGUUUGGUCUUUGUUUUAGGCCACCAACUUAUUGGAGCCUGUUCCCAGUCGGCUGAGAAGAGUUCCUCCAGGUAGAUCAGAUGAAAGGUGGUUUCACACCAGACGCUCUACUCUACCUACUGUGAGACGUUCAGAUAAGACAGAUGGAAUGAUAAAAUGUGUCAAGUAUGAACCCAGACUUCUUUGAUCCACUUUGUGGUGAACUGUGAUCCCUUAACAAAUGAACAGCCUAAAGAAGACGUUGCUCAUCUGAAAGCCAGGGAUCUAAACCGUCUUCGGCGAGCCAAACGACAAUUAAAAAAAGACUAAUUAUGUUGGAGCCCAUCGAUGUGUUGACUUUCUUCAGAAGACUGUAUAAAACACAUCACGUAACGCCACUAAUCUACAGGUUGAUCAGGAUUGGUUCAUUUGAUUUAGUGCCAAUGGAAAUUCCUUGAUACCGUAUUAAUCUUGAGUCUCCUGACAGUAGUUCAGCAAAGAUCAAAGCACCUUCUAACAUCUUGUGCCAAUCUGCCCCCCACACAAUUGGAAUGUCUUUAUUUCUAUGAUCAUAUUUUGUUUUGAGUUCCCGUUCUAAGCAUGGUUAGAAGUGUUCAGGGUUUUCCAAUUCCUCUUACUCUCUCUCUCUCUCUCUCUCUCUCUCUCUCUCUCUCUCUCUCUGUAUCUUCAAUGACAGCAGUUGUUGAACCUGUGUCUCGCCAGUGUUCUCUCUGGUCUAUAAUGCGUCAAAUGGAACUCAUGCUGUAAAGUCCAUACUAUAAUUUUAGCACUUAAUGUGAAACUUGCAUUUUAGCUGCUGAGACGGCGUGGUGUGAAUAAAAUAGAGUAACCGUUUUCAUUAUUUAAGUAGUUACGCAAACAAAGUUAUUUAAGUUCUCUACAAUUGUUUUUGCCGCUGUAUGUGAGGAUUUUGAUUUUGAUCAUGUAUUGUAAAUAAAACCUAGGGCUAUCUUUGUUUCUUUUCAGGAAUAUCUAUGUCUAUUAAAGUUUAUAGCAUGUCUGAAAACCUCGUCACAGUGUCUGUUUGAUGAUGACGUUUAGGAUGACGAUGUAGCAUAGAGCAGAAUGUUUCUUCUUGAAUAACAACCCGUAGAAAAUAGUCAUAGAAUCUAUUCAUUCUAUUUCUAUGUGACUAACAAUCCUUGAUUCAGCAGGAAAGGAAAUGAUAGGUUGUUGCAGGAUGAUUACAAAUGGAGACAGAUUGAGGCCUUCUGCCAGGGUGUGGAACAGUGACCUCACCUUAAAUGUAUCCUCGUAAUGUUAGAUCUGAGCACGCAGAGGUUGUCUACAGGAGCUAGUAUAUUUGGCCUUAGAUUUCUAGAUUUCUGAGAUUGACAUGUCGAUCCGGACAGUCUUUUACUGUUCUAUGAGUGUAAAUCAAUAGCGUAACAUCCUUCCACUAUUAGUGUUAACAGUAUUAGCAAGUGAUGUUUGCUUAGUAAAAGAACACUAUCUGUUGACAUAGGUUGCCCCCUCUGUCUGUUUGUCUGUCUGUCUGUCUGUCUGUCUGUCUGUCUGUCUGUCUGUCUGUCUGUCUGUCUGUCUGUCUGUCUGUCUGUCUGUCUGUCUGUCUGUCUGUCUGUCUGUUGUGCCCAGUGCUGGGAAGUGCUUCAUUUCAUGU